AUGCGUAAUUUUCCAUCGCCCAACUGUUGUUGCGGUAGUUUUUGCUUUUGCCCGCUCACUCCUACGGAGUUUCUGGCUGAUUGUUUGCUUAAAUUGACGCUACCUUGCUUUACUUUUUUUGUAUCUGGCCUUUUUUUAUUGAAGAUUAAGGGAAUCAUGUCAUCUCCCGAACUAAAGCACCGGCGGAUGGAAGGGCACAUGUCGUUUGUUCCCCCACAAUUUCAGCUGCCUGCACGACCGCCAGCCAGCGGGUUCCCGUGCGAGACGGAUAUUCUCGUUCCGGGUGCACGUGGUAAAGGCAGCGUGGACGGCAAGGCGCUGCUGCUCAAUGCUUCGCCCACGUUGGAGCUUCCAAAGGAGGAGGCGGUGUCGCUUUUUACGGCACUGCGGCAGCACCCCAAGUGUGCUUCUAUACGGGAGCAGCUCAAUAUUAUCAACGAGGCGUAUCUCGAGGAGAUAUUUUGCGAGGAUGAUGCCCGGGAAGACGACACGCGUCGUCGGGUGGAUUACAAUGCCGCCUGUGCUCUGCUCAAAUCCAACUCUUCGAAGCGUCUCUCGGCAUGUGUUUCGUGCCUCACACGAGGUCAGCAUCGCCAAUAUCGCUCACAUAUGCUUACGUACAUGCAAACGGGCGUUGUACCGAAAAAUACAGAGGAAUAUCCCGACAUGGGCACCGUAAUUGACCUUGUUCAACGUGAGCAGAGCUCUUACCUUCAUAAAUUCAUGGAGGAGACGCUGUCAUGUGAGGCCUGUAAGAUCGAGGCUGGCUACAACAAGCGGUCUGGCAAGGCGGUGGAAGUGUCCGCGUUGCACCGGUCCUGUUGGAACCAUAAUUACAUGGACGAACAUGUGGAGCGAUUUGCGAAGCGAUGGUGGCUUUAUCGACUCGAGUCGAGACUGCUGCGAUGCUUCUCUGACGAGGAGGCGAGUAAAAAAGACAGUAAUGGCGGCGACGGUGGUGAUGCCUUCAGUGAGAUUGUAUUUGACCUUAAGAGGGCAGAAGCAGCAGCAAGAGCGGCAGAAAACGCCAAACGAACAGAAACGGUGGUGAAGCCGGUCGCCAAGUUGACAUCUCGCGCACGUCAGUUGGCUGCUCAGUGCGUCGCUGCGACCGUUACGCAGAGGGAGUCACGUGGGGAAGCGCGGUGCCUUCCGGGCGUCUUCAUUCCACCGACGCUGCCGUUGGCGGUGCAGCAACUUGACACGCGCGAGGCACGACUGUACCCUCUUGCCCCUCCUGAGCAGCAGCGGAACGAUGGGGACGAGGAGGUUGCAACCCAAGAGGAAGUUUUGUCACUCACACGUCCUGUCAAUUCCGUGGCGGGCGUUUCGUUCUCGCUACGCCUGUGCAAGUCGGCGUUAGUGGAGCUUUCCGCGGCGCAUUUGUCGUCGUGCCGUGCGGAGUUUCAGCUUCCUGUGCGAUGUGUCUGGCACCCGACAGAGCGGCGAGUUGAUAUUUGCAUGGAGAAACCGUUGCCGGGGUCUAGGGAGACCCGACGUAACAUCAAUGCGGCGGCAUUCAAACGUUUGGUGGACAAUGAGCCGCGUCUUCCGUCAAACGGUCGUUGCAGUGAGCGAGGCCGAUACAAAAGCAAAUGCAUCGCGGAGGUCUCGUUCGGUAACGAUAUUGCUUUUUACUCCGUGUCGAACUGCGUCUACGACGUUACCCAUCAGCACCCAGUC